ACAACCAUUGUUGACAGCAUUAUCAUUUUCUACACGCUGUAACUUCGCCCACUUCGCCCUAGGCAGAUAAACAUUACACACAAUUGAAUUAUAAAGCAGUGAGUCGUCAAUUGUUUCAACAAUAACUAGCAAAUCAUCGCGAUGGCGGAGUUAGCGUCGCUCUUGCGACAGGAAAUUCCUGAGGGGCGCAAUAAUCUGGCAGACAAUCAUACGAAUCUGGAGCGCGUCGCCGAGUACUGCGAAGCCAACUAUUUUCAAGCUGAAAGCAAGCGGCAAGCUCUAGAUGAAACGAAAAAUUACACCACUCAAUCCCUAGCUAGUGUUGCAUACCAAAUCAAUACUCUGGCAUACAAUUUCCUGCAAUUGCUGGAGCUGCAGACUGCACAGUUGGCUGAAAUGGAGAGUCAGAUGAAUCAUAUCUCACAAACAGUGAUGAUCCACAAGGAGAAGGUGGCCAGGAGAGAAAUUGGGGUGCUAACUGCCAACAAGAGCACCACCAGGCAAUACAAGAUCAUUGCACCAGCUAAUCCAGAGAAGCCUAUUAAAUAUGUGAGGAAACCAGUUGACUACAAUAAAUUUGAUGAAAUUGGGCAUGGAAUACACUGCACUAACAAACGAAAUUGUGAACGCGGCCGGGAUUACAGCACACUGCCGAUGGCACAGUCGCCACAGAUUGGCAUGGUACAUCCAAUGAGUGUGCACCAUGCUCAGCAGCAGCAGCAGCAUCCCCAAACCCCGCCGCCUCCGCCUCCACCAGGAAAUAAUGCUGGUUAUGCGAUGAAUGAACAACAUAUUAGUAUGCCACGAAAUUACGUAUUAAACUCGUGGAUACGACACUACGAGAUCGCGCAGUAUGAUGCGGACGCGCUGGGCAGGAGCCGGAGGAGCCUUGACCGCAAUCGGCACGUCCACCUCGAAAUUAAAGGACACGGCCGUGUCUUCAAGAUGAAGUUGACGCCCGACGACGCUGUCUUUGCCGACGACGUCGUCUUCGAGUCCACUGACGGUCCUAUUAUAUUCGAUCCGGCUGUUGUCUAUCGAGGAACUUUGCAAGACGAUGACUCCGCAUCCGUGCACGGCAUCCUCACCACCGACGGCCUCUUCGACGGCGUCAUCCACACACAGGUGGACGACUUCUACAUCGAACCACUGGGCCGUUACCACCCCAAUACGACCACACCACACCACAGUAUUAUUUAUAAAGCGACGGACGUGACGCACCCGAACGCUGGCGGCGAAUGCGCCUCGCACGUGUUCCACAUCAAGCAAACCAUGGCGGCUGACAAGCGCCGCUGGAAGCGAUGGUUGCUAGAAGCCGAAGCCAAACACCCGCCCACUGAUGAUGACCACCGUCUUCGCAAACAACCAAUGAGUCCACCGUUUGACAUUCACACACCGUACAAUCAACCCAUCGACGAAGAGAUGGAUAUGCUCACGAAUCGCACGUUUACGGACGCGUCGGGAUUGAUUUUUCGCAAUGUCAACAAACGUGCGACUGUAGACCCCAAGAAAACUACCUGUAUGCUUUACCUGCAGGCGGAUCAUCAGUUUUUUCAAAAGUACGGUACUGAAGAAGCGUGCAUUGAAGUCAUGACUCGCCAUGUACAACGAGUCAACUCAAUUUAUCGCAAUACAGAUUUCAAUCAGGACGGAAAAGCUGACAAUAUUACGUUCAUGGUGAAGCGCAUCAAGGUGCACACGACGGACGCGCUCCGUGAUCCGCUCUAUCGCUUCCCCAACAACUACGGCGUGGAAAAGUUCCUCGAACUGUUUUCAGGUGAGUGAGUGGUGCCACUUGCGGUGAGCAACUUCGCAUGCUAAAAUUAACACGCUGACCGCCAUCGUGGCGAGGAGCAUCAUCAGCACCCCCGCGACAUGGUUCAGAUUAACCGCUGGUAUUGCACUGCUGCUUGCAUCCGGGUUGUAGCUGCUUUUGAUCUCGAACCAUUUUGACUCCAAGUGGGCCAGCAUUCCACUGCUACGAAUUUGCUUCA